AGUAAGUUUCACACGGAACUUUUCAGCGGCACUCUGAAUCUGCUGUUCCCAUAGAACCCAAACUGAUGGCGUAUGCACAAAUCUGUUGUAGAAUUAAUAGUGACUUGUGAAAAAUAAACACACACUUUUUGAGCUCACCCCAGAAAGUGUGUGCUGCAAGAAGUCAAAGUAUUCAAGGACCGGUUGAACAAUGUCGUGAUGUUCAGCCUUUAAAAACCAUGCAGGAUGGUGUGGAUCUUGAGGCCCAGCUAGCCUCAAAGGAGAGGGAAUUGAAAGAGCUUCAGGCUUUGCGUGUUCAACAGCUGGAGACUGCACUGUCUGAGGCCACCAGUGAGCUUUCCACCUUGAAAGAGCGCUUCCUGCGUUUACGAGAUGAUUUCCAGUUUAACCUGCGUGUGCUGGAGGAGCGGGACCAAGAGCUGGAGCGCUAUGAUGCGAUGACCGUCCGCAUCCAGACUGAAAAUAGUGCCUGGCAGGCAGAGCUCAGUGAGCUGAGGAUCCAGCUAGCCAAAGUGCAGGAUGCCCUGGGAGAGGAAAAAAAGCAAAAGGAAGAUUUGCAGGCUCAGUAUCAGAAAAGAGGAGUAGAGCACCGGUUACAGCUGGAGAGAGUGUACAGCAAGAAGGAGGAUGAGAUUCAGACAGUCAGAGAAGAGAAUGAGACACUGAGGCGGGACCUCCAACGGCGAAUCCAGGCAUCAGAUGGCGAGUUGGCACUGCAAAAACAGGAAAUGUUGGCAGACUUCGACAGUGAGAUGCGAAAAAGAGAACACGAGUUCAACCUGAGACUGGAUGAACUGCGGAACGUUGUGCUGUCUCAUGAGCUCAAGGUGCAGCUUCUGAACAAAGAGUUGGAUGUCCAUGCCAAAGCCCGCAAUGAGGCUGUCGAAGCACUUCAGCUGUCUGAGCAACUCUGUCAACAAGCACAGAAAGAGAUCCUGCACAGAGACUGGGACCUCAAGAACACAUCUGCAGUCAAAGACUCAAGGAUAAAUGAGCUUGAGGAAGAAGUGACCCAAAUGAAGGCUAAACGUAAAAAAGAAGUCGUCGUCAACAACCGGAAGCAUGCAGCGUUGGAGCGCAGGGUCCGGGAGAAAGAAACUGCUCUGGAGGCCAUGAAGGAGGCGCACAUAUCUGACCUGCACGAGGAGAAAAAGAAAGCCACACAGCUCCAGAUGCAGCUAGACAGCCUGGUCCUGGAGCAGCAGAGGAGAGAGGAAAGACAUACAGAGGAGAUGAUCCAGAGAGAACAGCAGAUCCAAGAGCUCCGUGCACAGCUGGAGAAGACGCAGGCCAGCUGGGAUGCUUACAUCACACAGGUCUCUAAAGAAACGGUUGCCAAGGACACAGAGUUGCUGUCUGCGGGGGACAGAGAGGCCAAAAUCAGAGCAGAGCUGCAGAAAUGUAAAGAGGGUUCAGAGAGGUAUAAGCAGCAGUUGGCCAAUGCAGUUCAAAGGGAACAGGCUCUGGAGCAGAAGUGUGUGCAGUUGGAGCUGGACUGGGAGCAACGCUGUGAGGAAGUGCGUGCUGAACACUACCUCAAGAGUGAGGAGCUCAUCCAUGGGCUGACCCAGUCCAGAGAAAAGGCAAAUGCUGAAUUGAGGGAGAAGGAGCGAGAGCUGCAGGAAACGGUUGCUUUGCUAAGGAGUGUGACCACAGAGCGAGACCAGGCUGUGCGUGAACUCGCCUCUAACACAUCUCAGGUAACUAGAGUGGAAAGCAACAGUUUUCCUUCAGAGGAGAUCCAGAGGCUCCAGCAGCAUAACCGCAACUUGCAGGAGGUGGUAGCUGAGAUGAAGAGACAAAUGACUCUCCGCACAGAAGUACCCCUAACUCAGAACCCAGUGACAACUCGGCACACUGACCCUGUACACUCCUCCACUGCAGGAAUUACAGAAUACAACCAAGCAGUAGAAGAAGAACUACAAAAACUGAAGGCUAAAUUUAGGCAUCUUGAAGAUCAAUUAGAAGAAGCCUCUAAGAUGACUAAUCCCAUGCCCACUUCAAGUGUGCUUCCUGUUUCCCCUGAAAAUGCCUACCUUCAAAACCACAUCAGAUCCCUCAAUGAAACUAUCGGUGGAUUGAGAGCUGAAAAAGUAGCCAGUGCUGCUGCUUUGAAGAAACAGGAAGUGAGGCUGGCCCACUUGGAAUCAAUGGUGACUCAGCUGACACAGCAGUGUCACUCGAGACAAAUCGAGAAUGAAAGACUACGAUUAGAACUGGCCAAUCAAAAAAGAGGCGCAGCAGCUGAAGAGGCAAGCUUGAAGCAAAGGUUGACUGCUGCAGAGAUGCAGCUCGAGGAGGUGAAGAGAGAGGCAGAGGAGUACCAAAAAGGCAGUGUUCUUCAUAAUCUGGAAACAGUUGCCCUGGGCAACCAGGUGUCUGCGCUGAAAUUGGACAUUGCAAGCAGGAGAGAGCCCAUCAUACUUCAGCCGAGUGAGAUGGUGAAGCAGCUUCAGGAGGAGAACCUCAGCCUGAGGCAGCAGCUGCUGUUACAGGGUCCUGGCAGAGGGAGUGAUCUUGGCAAACCCCAUGUGCUCCAAGGCAAACUCGGACAGGCAGCUCGUUUGAUAUCUCGCCUCAGCCAGGACAAACAGCAACUCAUUGAGAUGGGCAACAGACUCAGGGCUAAGCUGAUAGAGUCAGGGUUGGAUGGUUUGCAACAUUCUGAAACAAGAUCCAAACCGAGCCUUUCUGAGAAAGAACCCUCCAAAGAGGAGUCUGAUGCCCAGCCACAUGGUCAUUUGUCUUCUCUGGAACAACUUCAGUGCAAGCUUACUACUCAGGAACUGCAAUAUGCCCAGAGAGAUCAAGGUAAGAACAAUCCAAUUAUAGUUCGUCCCCUGUCUGGGAGUGGGGCCAGUGACUCCAAUCCAUGGGAACUGCCAACAAGAGUUAGAGUCCAGCAUUCAGGCAGUAAAGAGAACACUCCCCCUGUUCAAUUUCCGUAUAAGGGCCCAGUGCAUCAGGCCAGCUCUCCCCAAACCCUCCCAUCCUCAGUGGGUACUGAGGAGUCUCUGCAGGAUAUGUGGAAGAUGAUGGGGCAUAGCUUAAGUCCCAGAGUGCUUCCUCCUAGUAACAGUGAGGACCAAGAUACGGUUCCUGUAUCAGCCAGAGCCGAAGAGCACAGAAAUACGCCUCAUCCCGGGUUACCAGUUAGAGUUGAAGGCUUGAAAGCAGCGAUCCAGACAAGAAACAAACAAACCAGAACUGCAUAUCAACCUGGUAAAAAGGCAAGGCUUGCUGGUAAAGCAGUCAAGGUUCGAAAUUACAACAUUCAAGACUGAAAAAAAGCAGGUAUA